GAAGCAGUCAUGAUGUUCCACACAGCAGCCCUGGCCUUCCUCCUCUGCUCUGUCCACUGUUUCACCUUAAAGGAUUCUGAAAGGAUGAAAAGACACUCGAGUAAAACUGGCAACACCAUUGCUGAUGAGGAGUCCAGCGUUUCCACAUUGUUAGAACGGGCAAACGCUAAUCUUGGAAUGAACCCGGAUGAACCUCUUGUAAUGUUUGGAGACAUUGCAGUACCAAGUGGUCUGCAGAAUGCUGAUCCUUGCACGACACGAGGUUGCCUGUGGCCAAAAUCUGAUGACGGCAAUGUCUACAUACCAUAUAGAAUUUCCAGGCAGUACUCCUCUGGAGAGAGAGAUACCAUCAUUGAAGGCCUGCGGUCAUUUGCGGCGUCCACAUGCAUUCGAUUUACCCCCCAAAGGUCCCAAAGAGACUUUGUGGAUAUCCAGUCUCGUUCAGGGUGUUACUCAUUUGUUGGACGUCGCGGCCGUGGACAAGUUGUGUCUUUGAGUCGUCAGGGUUGUGUUUUCCAACAGAUCAUCCAACACGAACUGCUCCAUGCCAUGGGAUUCAAUCAUGAACAGACUCGAUCUGACCGGGACCAGCAUGUUCAAAUACUCUUGGAGAACGUCAUUCCUGGAAUGGAAAGUAAUUUCAGGAAGAUUAAUACAAGAAACCUUGGUACUCCCUAUGACUAUAACUCUGUCAUGCACUAUGGAAGGUUCGCCUUCUCCAGGAACAGAAGACCAACGAUUGUUCCCAUCCCUGACAACAACGUAAGCGUUGGCAGGGCAACCAGAAUGAGUCCUAUCGAUAUCAGGCGGGUGAACAUUCUUUAUGGUUGCAGUUCGUAUCUCUUGCCCAAACCGGCAAGCGAGUCCGGACCACUUGCAUGAUUUGGUUUCUCUUCUCAUGUCUUCUCUCAUUUUUUCUUUCAUGUACCUACAGAUGAGUAAUAAA